UUCCAGUUAUUCAGUCAAGAGAGUCAUGAUGAAAAGUAAGAAUGAUAUUUAUCUCUACUCAUCUUAUUUUGAUAAUGCAGGAAGUAUUCCAGAACUUACCUUUUCAACCAUUAGGCUGGUGUUUCUCAUCUAGUAGUUUGACUUUAACUUCGGUUUCUUGCUGACCUGUUGGUGGUGGUGCCUGAGAGGCUUUAGGCUGGAGAGUGAGUGCCCUAGUAGCAUUUUGCUGCAAUGUUGAUCUGCAUUCCUUUGUAUGCCAGCCUAAUAACCUAGUACAUGGUCUGGAUGCAGCAGUCUUUCAUUGUUCCCUGAUAUGAUUUCCUGCCUUUCAAUGCUUUGUACUUUGUUUCUGGUACAUUUCAUUCAAAUGGACUCUUCAUUACUAACAAUUGUCUCUCCUCCCCACAGAAGUAUAGUUCAGCUGCUCUUAGAGUUUGUUUUAGGUAGGCAAAUUUGCCAGUCAGCUCAUCAUUGCUGAGAUUUAACUCUAGUAUGUUGUAGCAGAUGUGGCAGGAGGUUGAGUACCCUGUGAAAAUGAUGGCCCAACUUGCCACAGACCUAUUUAAAUCCAGCCAUAAUUCAGCACACACAAUUUACUUUUCUGUCAAGGAAAAAUCCCAAUUCAGUAAUCAGUUAAAGACUUCAGGCAAAAAUUAAACUUCAACUGAAAAGUAGUUUCUCUGAAAUUUUAUCAUCUCUGUUUUGCUGGUUUCAUUGUACAAGAAAGGAAAAUAUGUGGGACAUUCAGAUUUUAAAAAUCUGUAUGCAGUUUUGCAUGUGUGCUCAUAAUCAUCUCUGCAUAAACUUGAAGUUCCAUACUUUGGGAGGUUUCUUUACAUUAGAUUUCCGUCUCCUAAAAUUUCAUUAUUACUGUUACAAAUGUGAUAUUUAGUAUUACACUUAUCUGUAACCCAAACUCAACAGAAGAUGUAAUUAAGUCAUUUCUAAAUCAUGUUUUUUGCCUUGGGAGUAGAAAAAAAAUUUAUUACAGGAGCAUGAACCAUGAUAACACGUUCAUUAAUUUGCAGGAAGGUCGGAAGGUUCAGUGAUAGCUUUAAUGAGAAGGAUAUCAAUUAUUUCUUUGCCAUUUGGGGAUAGUGAAGAGAGUAGUUCAAUAAAAAUGAAAGUAAGGAGAAUAAUGACAAAAUGCUUUUCAUCUACUUAACAGCUUCAGAUGGAACUGAAUUUAAGAUACAGAAAGAGAGACAAAUGAAGAAAUCCCUAAGGAAAACUGCCUCUGGGAGGUUUUAAAUUCAAAUCAGAUUCUACUGUUUUCUUUUCACGGAAAGUAGUAGUUUAAGAUUAAAAUAUUUUCAAUUCAUUAUCUAAAUUAUGAAGAUAAAUGACAGCUACUGCUUUUUCUAAGUUUGGCUGUGUGGUUUUUUUUUUUUGUUGUUGUUUUUGGUUUUUUUUUUUUUGGUUUUGCACUGCUCAUACUAUUUGAAAAAUAGUUUACCACCCAGUAAAUCCAUAAAAAGUUCCUCUCCAAUCUUUCAACAUAGUAAAGUUCCUUCACUCAGAAUAGAAUUUAAGAACUUGAAUAGAUUUGGGUAGAUAUUCAGGAAAGUAGGCAUAAACUUCUGUACAUAAAUUCCUCGCUUGAUUGAGGCUUAUGCUAUUUUUGUUUUUAAACAUCACUCAUAUUUUAAUUGUGCUUUAAUAAUUGCAUGUAUAUUUUACAUAUAUAUUCACAUAUAUGGUAUUAAAAUUCAUGCAUUCUUGUAUUCUCCCUGGGUAGACUUGCUGACUUACUGACUUGUUAAGUAAACUUUUUGUUUUUAUCUUUAUGUUAAGUGCAAAUUUAAACUGGAGAGACAAGUGUAAGUGCAAGUGUAACUGUACAUUUCACAGUCUUGUUGGAAAUAUAUUGGGCAUGUUGUUCCAGUUUUGGUGCUGAGUAAGCUUACAGCUCUUCCAUGGUCACUGCUAUCUAUAGAGGAGGAGAAGAUAAUUGCCAUAUUCUUCUUAAAGCUAUGUGUACACAUGCUCUGCAAAUUCCAGAAUCAAAGUUCUUGAAUAGAAAGGGCUGAGGCUCAGAACAUACUUUCAAUCUCUGAAGAAAUCAAGCAGAGAGCUGAAGCCUCCUUGCUGAGGAGGUGUCUUUGUUAUACUAGGCUGAAUGACUGGAGUUCCCCAAAUGCAGAUGACCAUGUCUUCAUGUCUAUAUCUCAGCUAAUAAACCAGCUUCUGCUACUUUUGAAGACUUUCAAAUCCGACCCCAUGCUCUUUUUGUUCAUUCUUACCGAGCACCAGCCUUUUGUGACCAUUGUGGAGAAAUGCUGUGGGGACUGGUGCGCCAGGGACUCAAAUGUGAGGGAUGUGGUCUAAAUUACCAUAAGAGAUGUGCAUUUAAAAUUCCUAACAACUGCAGUGGUGUACGUAAAAGGCGCCUGUCAAAUGUUUCCCUAACAGGACUCAACACUAUUCGGACAGUUUCUGCAGAGACAUCACCCAGUGUGUCGGAUGAAGCCCUUCUGUCUCCUGUUAGCCCUGGCUAUGAGCAAAAAACGCCGUCAGAAUCAUUCACUGGGCGAGAGAAGAGAUCAAAUUCACAAUCCUACAUUGGACGACCUAUUCAGCUCGACAAGAUCCUGCUUUCUAAGGUUAAAGUGCCUCACACAUUUGUCAUCCACUCUUACACACGGCCAACAGUUUGCCAGUACUGUAAGAAACUUCUCAAAGGGCUUUUUAGACAGGGUUUGCAGUGUAAAGACUGUAGGUUCAAUUGUCACAAGCGCUGUGCUCCUAAAGUACCAAAUAACUGCCUGGGGGAAGUUGCCAUUAAUGGAGAUCUCCUUAGUCCUGGGGCUGAGUCUGAUGUGGUCAUGGAAGAAGGGAGUGACGACAAUGACAGUGAAAGAAACAGCAGUUUUAUAGAUGACAUGGAAGAAUCUAUAGCUCAUGACUCUGAGAUUUCAAUGACGGGAUGCCAUAGUGACAAUGGGGAAAUGCAGGAUCCUGAUCCAGAUCAUGAUGAGUCUAACAGGAUGAUCAGCCCUUCAACCAGCAACAAUAUUCCAUUAAUGAGAGUGGUACAGUCUGUGAAGCACACAAAAAGAAGAAGCAGCACAGUAAUGAAAGAAGGUUGGAUGGUUCACUAUACCAGCAAGGACACACUGAGAAAGCGACACUACUGGAGACUAGACAGCAAAUGUAUUACUCUUUUUCAAAAUGAUACUGGAAGUAAAUAUUAUAAGGAAAUUCCACUGUCUGAAAUUUUCUCUCUGGAACCUGCAAAAACUUUCACUUUACUGCCUCAAGGAGCCAAUCCUCAUUGUUUUGAAAUAAGCACAGCAAAUAUAGUCUAUUAUGUUGGAGAAAACAUAGAAAACCUCUCAAGUGUUCCACUGAAUAAUGGUGUUCUCACUAGUGGUAUUGGCAUAGAUGUGGCAAGAAUGUGGGAGAUUGCAAUACAGCAUGCCCUGAUGCCUGUCAUCCCUAAAGGUGCAUCAAUGGGGUCAGGACCCAGCCUACACAGGGACAUAUCCAUCAGUAUUUCUGUGUCAAACUGCCAAGUUCAAGAAAAUGUGCAGGAUAUCAGCACUGUAUACCAGAUCUUCCCAGAUGAGGUGUUGGGAUCAGGACAGUUUGGAAUUGUUUAUGGAGGAAAGCAUCGCAAAACAGGAAGAGAUGUUGCCAUUAAAAUAAUAGACAAACUAAGAUUUCCAACUAAACAGGAAAGCCAACUUCGUAAUGAGGUUGCAAUUUUACAGAAUCUUCAUCAUCCUGGGGUUGUAAAUUUGGAGUGCAUGUUUGAGACACCAGAAAGAGUGUUUGUUGUUAUGGAAAAACUCCAUGGAGACAUGCUGGAGAUGAUCUUAUCAAGUGAAAAAGGCAGACUGCCAGAGAGAAUAACAAAGUUUUUAAUUACUCAGAUCCUUGUUGCUUUAAGACAUCUUCAUUUCAAAAAUAUAGUUCAUUGUGACCUCAAACCAGAAAAUGUAUUAUUGGCAUCAGCAGAUCCUUUCCCCCAGGUAAAACUUUGUGAUUUCGGCUUUGCUCGAAUUAUUGGGGAGAAAUCCUUCAGACGUUCGGUUGUAGGAACACCAGCCUACCUUGCUCCAGAAGUGCUGAGGAAUAAAGGCUAUAACAGAUCUCUGGAUAUGUGGUCUGUGGGUGUUAUCAUUUAUGUAAGUCUCAGUGGUACCUUUCCAUUCAAUGAAGAUGAGGACAUACAUGACCAAAUCCAGAAUGCUGCUUUCAUGUAUCCACCCAAUCCUUGGAAAGAAAUCUCUCAUGAAGCUAUUGAUCUAAUAAAUAAUUUGUUGCAAGUGAAAAUGAGAAAGCGCUACAGCGUGGACAAAACAUUAAGCCACCCCUGGUUACAGGACUAUCAAACCUGGUUAGAUUUAAGGGAGCUUGAAUGUAAAAUGGGGGAGCGUUACAUCACCCAUGAAAGCGAUGACUCUCGAUGGGAACAGUAUUCAGGAGAACAUGGACUGCAGUAUCCAGCACACCUUAUCACUCCGAGUGCUAACCACAAUGAAAACACCACGCUACAAGAAACAGAAAUGAAAGCCCUCAGUGAGCGUGUCAGCAUCCUUUAAGUUGCAUCCCUAUAAUCUGUCAAAACACUGUGGAAUUAAUAAAUACAUACGGUCAGGUUUAACGUUUGCCUUGCAGAACUGCCAUUAUUUUCUGUCAGAUGGGAACAAAGCUGUUAUGCUGUUACACUGUUGAUGAAUCUGAGUUGCCAAGACAAAUCAACAGAAACAUUUUUGUGUGACCAACUGUGUUGUAUUUACAAAAGUUCCCCAGAAACACUAAACUUGUUAUUGUGAAUGAUUCAUGUUGUAUUUAAUGUAUUAAAACCUGUCUCCACGGUGCCUUUUCAAACUAAUGUUUUUCUUACUUGAGCCUUAUUUGGUAAGAGAACUUUCCCAUGAAGAUCUGUGUUUUUUUGUUUGUUGUUUUUUGCAUCAUUAGUUUUGUAAUUGUAAGUAAACUCUUGAAGAGUAGGUUAUUACUGCUGUUCUGUGAACAACUACUACUAUUUGGAUAAAAGCUUUAUUUAGUGCAGGGGAAAAAAUAGCAAAAAAAAAAACAAAACAGAAUGCAUAGCACUGUACAGACAACCAAAUCAGACAACCUGUGUAUAUGUGUUUGUGUAUAUAAAUAGACACACACACAAGGUAUAACCUGCUAUUAAGCCUAAAUGCCUUAGUAAUGUUAACUGCAGCAUAUGCCAGUUGUAUUUUGCUUUUUCUCAAAAUAUUCUUCUCUAAUAGGAAUAUUCUGUAAUAUGUACAUUCAGAAGUUAAAUAACGUCAACUUUGUGUAUGUUUUCAAUAAAAGCCUUGUUAAAAUA